CUAGAAAUCUCGGACGAUGUAGCUGGCGCGACGUUCAUGGCAGCUGGUGGAUCAGCACCCGAAUUCUUUACGAGUCUAUUCGGGGUGUUUAUCACUCAGAAUAAUGUGGGAAUUGGAACGAUUGUCGGUUCGUUUUAUCAUCAUUAUCAGUAUUGUCAUUAAUAAAAUUAUUCUUAUCAACAUUAUUAUCUUUUUCGUUAUCGGUGUUAUUAUUGCCAAUACUCUUAUCAUCAUAGCUGUUACUUUUAUCUAUAUUAUUGCUGUUACUAAAUGA